UGCGAGCCCGCCGGGCUGCGCCGGCUCCUGCUCCGGGAGGGGUCGGCGUCCCAGAUGGCCGCGGCAGGGUCUAGGAUGCCAAGCGUGUAAGCUAACGGGCGUCAUGGAGGCAGAGCAGCGGCCGACGACGGGAGCCGGCGAACCGGCGACCCCUGGGCUGGAGGCGGCACCUCCGGCUGCCCCGGCGCCUGCGACCGCGGCCUCAGGACCGUUGCCGGGGUCCGGGUCCGGGCCCGAGCCCAAGAGGAGGCAGCUCGGGACUCUGCUCCAGCCCACGGUCAACAAGUUCUCCCUUCGCGUGUUCGGCAGCCACAAAGCAGUGGAAAUCGAGCAGGAGCGAGUCAAGUCAGCGGGGGCCUGGAUCAUCCAUCCCUACAGCGACUUCCGGUUUUACUGGGACCUGAUCAUGCUCCUGCUGAUGGUGGGGAACCUCAUUGUGCUGCCUGUGGGCAUCACCUUCUUCAAGGAAGAGAACUCCCCGCCUUGGAUCGUCUUCAAUGUCCUCUCUGACACUUUCUUCCUGUUGGAUCUGGUGCUCAACUUCCGCACAGGCAUCGUGGUAGAGGAGGGUGCUGAAAUCCUGCUGGCCCCUCGAGCCAUCUGGUCACGCUACCUGCGCACCUGGUUCCUGGUGGACCUGAUCUCCUCCAUCCCAGUGGAUUACAUCUUCCUGGUGGUGGAGCUGGAGCCACGGCUGGACGCCGAGGUCUACAAAACAGCUCGGGCGCUGCGCAUCGUGCGCUUCACCAAGAUCCUCAGCCUGCUGCGGCUGCUCCGCCUCUCCCGCCUCAUCCGCUACAUCCACCAGUGGGAGGAGAUCUUUCACAUGACCUAUGACCUGGCCAGUGCUGUGGUGCGCAUCUUCAACCUCAUCGGGAUGAUGCUGCUGCUGUGUCACUGGGACGGCUGCCUGCAGUUCCUGGUCCCCAUGCUGCAGGACUUCCCCCCCGACUGCUGGGUCUCCAUCAACCACAUGGCGAACCGCUCGUGGGGACGCCAGUAUUCCCACGCCCUGUUCAAGGCCAUGAGCCACAUGCUGUGCAUUGGCUACGGGCAGCAGGCCCCCGUCGGCAUGCCCGACGUGUGGCUCACCAUGCUCAGCAUGAUCGUGGGCGCCACGUGCUAUGCCAUGUUCAUCGGCCACGCCACCGCCCUCAUCCAGUCCCUGGACUCUUCCCGGCGUCAGUACCAGGAGAAGGGCAUCCUGGGCGAGCUGAGCGAGCCGCUGCGGGAGGAGAUCAUCAACUUCACCUGCCGGGGCCUGGUGGCGCACAUGCCGCUGUUCGCCCACGCCGACCCCAGCUUCGUCACUGCCGUGCUCACCAAGCUGCACUUCGAGGUCUUCCAGCCUGGGGACCUCGUGGUGCGCGAGGGCUCCGUGGGCCGGAAGAUGUACUUCGUCCAGCAUGGGCUGCUCAGCGUGCUGGCGCGUGGCGCCCACGACACCCGCCUCACCGACGGGUCCUACUUCGGGGAAAUCUGCCUGCUGACGCGGGGCCGGCGCACGGCCAGCGUGCGAGCCGACACCUACUGCCGCCUCUACUCGCUCAGCGUGGACCACUUCAACGCCGUGCUGGAGGAGUUCCCCAUGAUGCGCCGCGCCUUUGAGACCGUGGCUGUGGACCGGCUGCGCCGCAUCGGCAAGAAGAACUCCGUCCUGCAGCGGAAACGCUCGGAGCCCAGUCCAGGCAGCAGUGGGGGCCCCAUGGAGCAGCACUUGGUGCAGCACGACAGGGACAUGGCCCGGGGCGUUCGGGACCUAGCCCCAGGCACAGGAGCUCGGCUCAGCGGGAAGCCAGUGCUGUGGGAGCCACUGGUGCACGCGCCUCUGCAGGCAGCCGCGGUGACCUCCAGCGUGGCCAUUGCCCUGACGCACCAGCGGGGCCCCCUGCCCCUCUCCCCUGACUCUCCAGCCGCUCUCCUGGCUCGCUCUGCAAGACGUUCAGCAGGCUCCCCGGCCUCCCCGCUCCUGCCUGUCCGAGCCGGCCCUCUGCUGGCCCGGGGUCCAUGGGCAUCCACCUCCCGCCUGCCUGCCCCACCUGCGCGAAGCCUCCACGCCAGCCUGUCCCGGGCCGGGCGCUCCCAGGUGUCCUUGCUGGGGCCCCCCCCAGGAGGAGGUGCACGGCGACUAGGACUUCGGGGCCGCCCCCUCUCAGCCUCCCAGCCCUCUCUGCCUCAGCGGGCAGCUGGGGACGGCUCUCCUGGGCGUAAGGGCUCCGGAAGUGAACGCCUGUCCUCCUCAGGGCUCCUGGCCAAGCCGCCAGGGACAGCUCAGUCGCCCAGGCCGUCAGUGCCUGAGCCAGCUGCCCCCCGGGGCCCCCAGCUCUCUGCCAACAUGUGAAACCCUUGGGUAAGCUCUUGGGUGCGGCAGUGUGCCCCCAAGGGCAGGUGCCUCUUGGGGAAGGCCAAGAGGACCCAAGACGCGGCCCUGUGGGAAUACGCCCCAGGACGUGGUCUCUGUCCUCAGCUCGGGCACCCUGCAGCCUGCCUGACACCCUCUGAUCCGCUCACCCGUCCAUCAAGUGUACUGAGCGCCUUCCACGUCUGAGACACUGUGCCAGGCGCUAUACGUCUUCACUGCCAAGUAGAAGUGACUCCAAAGCCUCCGGGGAGGGUGCCCCCCCUGGGUGGUCCUGCCAGGCGCAGGCUCGGCCCCAGGCCCCACCUCACCAAGCACAAGUCGUUGUCCCCGCCAUCACUGCCAAACAACUAGAUGUCUGGUUCCCUGCCCUUGACCCAGCAGGAGCCGUCUGCUGUGGGUGACCUCAUUCUCCUUGGCACGGCCGGGCACCGCCCUGCCAGUCAUCUGUGCCUCCGCAGCUGUCCACAGAUGUCUUGGCACCCCUAGCAUGGGGAUCCACCACCACUGCCCAGUGCGGCCCCGCCCCCUUCACCCCCCCCCCCACCGUGGGAACACCUGUCUCCUGUCAGGUCUCUGCACCUUCCGUCCCUGUGGGUCAAUUGUCUUUGUAAACUGGGAGCAGCCUCCACCCUAUGUCCCCAGCCCAGCGGUGGCCCCCUUGAGGCGAAGGGACAGUUGGUUGGCCCGUCCCUAUUGAAUGUGCCAGCCCAAACCCCCAGGUAGGGGGCAAGCGGCUGAAUCCUCAGACGGCUUUUUUUUUCUUUCCCUCCUCCCUUCCUCUCUUGUUUGUUUUUAUUAUUCAAUCAUGUAAUAAUUGUAUUUA